AUGAUCCCAAAUUGUUACAAAACGAGGGAAGAGACUCUUGCUCGGGUUUUGUUAGCAAGUCAAGAAGCUAGUAGUCAUGAUAGCCUUGACUGCUUUCCCACCAAAAAAAAUAUGUUUGGCCCAGCAAAGCUCGCUGUUCAGAUUACCAGGUGUCUAUCAUCUGCUUCGGAAAUAUCUCAUUCCAAGGAGGUGACACUCUCAACCUCGUCAGCGGCCGUCGACUGGAAAAGCAUAAUCAUCAUCCCCCUAAGAAGCAAGAACUUUUGCCCAACCGGCCUCUUGAAAGGCCUUCCAUCUGUGUCCCCAAUCCGUCCUUUUUUUUUUGUGGUGGCUGUGGUGUGGUGUGCAAGAAGUAAUAAAAGAGAAGAGAUAGGAAGAUUUUCGUCGUUCCAUUUAACCAUUGGUCAUGGACAAUUAACUUCCACGUGA